CCGGUUGAGGGGAGCUUCGGUUAGUGGGUGAAAGGUGAGAAGAAGAAGGUCUGUCAUUGUCACGGCUCCACUUCUUCUACUCCGACGUCACGAUGCUGCAGAACACGGGGAAGCUCGCCGGCUGCACGCUCUUCAUCACCGGAGCCAGUCGAGGGAUCGGCAAAGCCAUCGCGCUGAAGGCCGCCAGGGAUGGAGCCAACAUCGUCAUCGCCGCCAAGACCACCCAGGCCCACCCGAAGCUCCCGGGAACCAUCUACACCGCAGCGGAGGAGGUGGAGGCGGCCGGCGGCAAAGCGUUGGCGUGUGUCGUCGACAUCCGCGACGAGCAGCAGGUCGAGGCCGCGGUUCAGAAAGCCGUCGAAAAGUUUGGAGGAAUCGACAUCCUGGUGAACAACGCCAGCGCCAUCAGUCUGACAGGAACUCUGGACACGCCCAUCAAGAAGGUGGACCUGAUGCUGGGGGUCAACCUGAGAGGCACUUACCUGACGUCUAAGCUGGUCAUCCCUCACCUGCUGAAGAGUCGCAAUCCUCACAUCCUGAACUUGGCUCCUCCCCUCAACCUCAACCCCGUCUGGUUCAAGAACCACACGGCUUACACAAUGGCGAAGUACGGGAUGUCGAUGUGCGUCCUUGGAAUGGCGGAAGAGUUCAGAGGUCAAAUUGCUAUCAACGCCCUCUGGCCUAAAACUGCCAUCCAGACAGCAGCGAUGGACAUGUUGGGCGGCGAGGACGUCGGUAAACAGUGCCGUACGUCUGACAUCAUGGCGGACGCCGCCUACGCCGUCCUGUCCCGCCAGAAGGACUACACCGGCCACUUCCUGGUGGACGAGGACGUCCUGAGGGAGCAAGGAGUCGUAGAUUUCGAUCAGUACGCCGUCCAACCAGGUCACCCACUGCUGCCGGACUUCUUCCUGGACGCAGCCCCAGAGAGCCUGGUGGAGCAGAUGGAGCAGCAUGGGGCGACCGCAGCCUUUAAAGCACCAGCAUCUUCAUCUUCCUCUGGAGGACCGAUAGAAGCCACGUUCAACGUCAUCAGAGGAGUCAUCAACGAAGACGUCGUCAAGUUGACGCAGGCCAUUUAUCAGUUCGACCUAUCAGGUCAAAAUGAGGGCGUGUGGUUCCUGGACCUGAAGAGCGGCGCUGGUCGGGCCGGGCAGGGCGCGCCUCCCGUCAAGGCCGAUGUUGUCAUGACGAUGGACUCUGGUGACUUCCGCAAGAUGUUUGCAGGGAAGCUGAAGCCCACGCUGGCCUUCAUGUCGGGGAAGCUGCAGAUCAAAGGAGACAUGGUGCUCGCCCUCAAGCUGGAGAAACUCAUGGGCCGCAUGAGCAAGCUGUGAAACCCCGCCCCCAGGCCCUGGCCCCGCCCCCUGCUUGUAGCUGUACAUGUUGCCUUAAAGAAGAGAUGAUAAACAUUCUGUACAGGAACUCUUUAAUAUCAAAUAAAGCAUCAUCUCUCAUAACAUAAA